AUGACUGCUAUCUUCGAUCAACCUCCCACUCUAGUCGCUUCCGAUCACUCUCAGGUCUCCCCAGCGACUACCGCCAUUGAAUCACCUAGAGACUACCGUCGCUCUAGCAUGCUCUCGGACUCGUCUGCGCUCUACUCUUCAUACGCCAGCUCGUCCAACUCCCUUGGCCCCGCCACGCCCGAGAACGCUUCGUUCCCUUACGACCACCGCCGCUCGUUCGCCGCCGAACGUGACGCUAAGGACCGUGCCAGUGACAACCACGCACCUUCCUUCCCCUUUUCUAGCUCGCUCGACAACCACAGCCCCUCGACCCUGCCCUACCCUAUCAACGUCGGCAUGUCGUAUCCUUACAGCAACGGGCUGCACAGCACCGUCCCUCGCCAGCCCACCGUGGCCCGCUCCGCUACUAGCGACAGCCUCCCGAGCUAUCAGCCUCACCUGAGCAGUAGCCUGCACACUGGUGCUCGCCCCCUCGUCUCUUCGGGUUACCAGAACAACAUCCACGGUGUCUCGGGCUACUCGGUCGGCGGGUCUUCCUUCCCUCCUGCUUCGACCACGGUGCUUCCUGGUUUCAACGGCCGUUACUCCUACGACAGCAACGCUGGUCGUUACAACAUGGGCGUGCCUAUGGGCAACGGUGGCGUCUCGGCUGAGAACGACCUCCAGUUCGUGUCUCUCGCUGGUCCUGUCGCGAAGAAGCGCUCCCGUCGUCGCUACGACGAGAUUGAGCGCAUCUACCCCUGUGGCUACAAGGGCUGCGACAAGGCUUACGGCACCCUCAACCACCUCAACGCGCAUGUCGCCAUGCAGAAGCACGGUGAGAAGCGUCUUCCCGCCGAGUUCAAGGAGAUGCGCAAGGAGUGGCGCAAGAAGAAGAGGGAGGAGGCUGCUGCCGCCGCCAACAAGGAAGCCGCCGCCGCCGCUGCUGCCGCCAACGAGGCCCAGUCUCUUCCUUCUGCCGGCCCUUACACGAAUAGCGUCUACUCCCCUUGGGGAGCCCCUCAAGAGAACAACGACCCUGUCUCGAACUACUCCUCGCACGCCGACUCGCACGACGCCUUUGGCGGGCACCGCAGCUCGAACGGCUCGUUUCUGAACAGCCCUCCUGGAUGGGGCACCGCCGCCGCCGGUUCCAAUGAGAACACUCGCCCCGCCACCGCCAACACGGGUUCCUCGACCGGUGGCUCGCCCACUGAGCCUUCGCGUUUCAGCAGCAGCUACCUCUGGCCCCAGGGCAACGGCUACAAGCAGGGUGCCCGUGGUGAUGACUACCCUCCCUCGUCCGGUACGCACCAGCACUCGUUCAACUCGUACUCGAUGAACCACCACGCUUAA